CAUUGCAUCCUGAAAAAGCUCAUGGCCGCUCGAAUUAAGAAGGGAGCAGGCAGGCAGAGAGACGUAGGUAACAAUGGCGUGGGCGUGGCGACCUCACAUCUCUAAUACGCGUGGACAGGACAAGCUCAAGGUAGGGGCCGGGAGAAGAAGAUAGCAAGGCGGGCAUGCACCAAAACAAAUUUACAAAGGUCGAUCAAUGACCAAGAUGCACGGCCAUUACGUCGCCGCCGCCGCCGUUGUGGUGGUGGCGGUGGUGCUCCUCCUCCCCGGCUGCCUCGACGCCGCCUUCCCGGACCCGGAUGAGGUGGUCAUCGUCGACGCGGGGGCGCUGGAGGAGGGCAGCAGCUGCUACUUCCCGGUGACGGCGCCGGUGGUGCCGGAGUCCCCGGAGGCGCGGCGCGAGCACUACCGAGCCAUUGCGGCCAAGGACCUGGCCCGGCACCAGCGGAUGGCGGCCAGCAGCAGGAGGCGGCAGCUGGCGGCGUCGGACAUGCCGGAUCUUUUGGCGGCCACGAGCGGGAGCGGCACGGCCCUGUCCACGUUCGAGCUGCCGAUGCAGAGCGCCCUGGACUCCAUGGACGUGGGCAUGUACCUGGUGACGGUGCACUUCGGCACGCCCGCGGUGGCCUACAGCAUGGCCCUGGACACCGCCAACGACCUGACCUGGCUCAACUGCCGCCUCCGCGGCCACCGGCGGCACAGGGACAGGGACAGGACCAACGCCAACGCCAAGACCAUGUCCCUGGAGCAGGCGCUGGAGCCACCCUUGGUGAAGAAGACCUGGUACCGUCCGGCUCGGUCGUCGUCGUGGCGGCGGUACCGGUGCUCCAUGCGGGACAGCUGCGCCCGUUUCCCGCACGUUGCGUGCAAGACGCCCAACCACAACGAGUCGUGCAGCUACCACCAGCACCUGCAGGACGGCACCGAGACCCGCGGCAUCUUCGGGCGCGAGACGGCGACGGUGGCGGUGUCGGGCGGGCGGCAGGCGCGGCUGCCGGGGCUGGUGCUGGGCUGCUCCACCUUCGAGUCCGGCGGGACCGUGGACGCGCACGACGGCGUGCUCACGCUGGGCAACGACAAAGUGUCCUUCGGCAGGAUCGCCGGGAAGAGCUUCCAGGGCCUCUUCUCCUUCUGCCUGCUGGCGACGCACAGCGGCCGCGACGCCUUCAGCUACCUCACCUUCGGGCCCAACCCAGCCAUGGAGGCCGGCGGCGGGGCCGGGUUCGGCGAGACGGACAUCGUGUACGUGCAGAACGCGCCGUCCUUGGGCGUGCAGGUCACGGCCGUGUUCGUCAACGGGCAGCGCCUCAACAUCCCGCCCGAGGUGUGGAACUACCGCAUCAACGGCGGGCUCAACCUGGACACGGGCACCUCCGUGACGUCGCUGCUGGAGCCGGCGUACAGCGUGGUCACGCGGGCGCUCGCCACCCUCCUAGACCCAAAGCUGGACAAGGCGGCGGAGGAGGUGAUCCCGUUCGAGCACUGCUACAAGUGGGACGGCAAGAACCCGGCGCCGGAAGCCAUCGUGCCGAAGCUGGAGCUGGUGUUGAUGGGCGGCGCGAGGCUGGAGCCGAGCCCCAAAGGCGUGCUCAUGCCGGAGGUGGUGCCCGGGGUCGCCUGCAUCGGCUUCUUUAGACGGGAAGUGGGGCCCAACAUCCUGGGCAACGUGCACAUGCAAGAGCACAUCUGGGAGUUCGACGACGUCAAGGGCAAGCUCCGGUUCAAGAAGGACAAGUGCACCACCCACAUUAACAUUCCUCCUCCUAAUGCCAAUCCCAAACCCAAUCCCAAUCCCAAUCCCAAUCCCAAUCCCACCAACAACUAACCAUCUUCUCUGUAUGUAUGUAUGUAUGUAUGUAUGUAUGUAUGCAUGUAUCAUAUCAUUCACCUCUCAUCUGUAUGUAUGUAUGUAAUCCGGAAACCGAAUCUUUUCUGAAUCCAUUCCCCCUCUCCCUC